AUGGUGCUCAACACCGAGUGGCCCGAGGCGCAGGAGCCAGGAAAUCCAGCGGAUGCUGCAGCAGUAGAGAGGUUCCUGGCUUUCAACAUCGACUGGUUCGCCGAGCCGCUGUAUGCAGGCGACUACCCGGAGCUGAUGCGGAUGAGGGUUGGGGAAAGGCUGCCAAAGUUCACAGCAGAGGAGAAGGAAGCGUUGAAGGGCUCAAACGAUUUCUUUGCCUUGAACUGCUACUCGGCGCGCUACAUUUGCGAGGAUACGCCCUGGAGGAAGUUUCGCAACUUUCAGGCAACCCUGAAGAUCCUACCCUACAUCUCGGAUGUGCCAGUUGCCAGGUUUAAGGCGGCCAUAGCAAGCGAGCAGGCAAAAACUAGCGGCAACGCCUCGGAACCUGUGAGCCCGGUGCCUUCUGCUCUGGGCGGCCCGGCCUCGCCACCGCCU